AACUUCCUCAAGUCGUUAACCAGUACAUCUGGAUUCUCUGGAUACACCUUUGGCGACCGCGUGGACAUCGACCAGUCCAUUUGGACUCUACAGAACGGCACCAAACGAGAAGAUGGCUCGAAGUGCAGCAUCUUCACCUUCGACAUCAACGCGAAUCGAUCACGAUUGCCCCUCGCUCGAAACGCCCUGCGCAAGUUCAAGACGAUCAGACAUCCCGGCGUCGUCAGAGUGCUGGACACACUCGAGGUAGACAGACUCAGUGAUUUACAUUGCCACUGAGCGCAUAUCGCCGCUGAACUGGUCCACAAGGCGGAAAGCACUCGGCGAGGAGAGCAUCAAAUGGGGCCUGCACAGUGUCGCAAAAACGCUCAAAUUUAUCAACGAUGAAGCCGCGUCAGUGCACGGCAAUGUUCGUGCGAGUUCCAUCUUUACCAGCGAGAGUGGAGAGUGGAAGCUCGCGGGACUUGAGCUCCUAAGCUCCAUGAAGGAAGACGAUGCAAUCAUUUUCACUCAGGGGAGCUUGGUACCUGACAUCGGCCGAUACUCUCCUCCCGAAGUCGUAAAGAAUGGCUGGGAUUCUGUGCGAUCCAAUCCUUUGCACGCGGUCGACUCGUACAAUUACGGCAUUUUGGUCACGGAAGUGUUUAGUGGAGGCUUUUCAGGCACUGACCAAGUUGGCUCGAUCAAGAACAUCCCAACGAACAUGCAGAACAGCUACAAACGCCUGACGCAUGCCGCACCGAAGAUGCGAUUGAGUAUUGCCCAUUUCUUGGACCAGGGGACGCGAAGUGGUGGUUUCUUCGACACCCCCCUGAUACAGCUCACUGACGGGAUAGACAACAUGGGUCUGAAGAGCGCCUCAGAGAAGGACACUUUGUUCAGCGAGCUUGAGCAGCUUGUUGGCACAAACGAAUUUCCCGAAGAUUUCUUCUUGGUCAAAGUAUUGCCUGAACUGCUCAAGUCCGUCGAGUUCGGGGGCGGCGGGCCACGACCUUUUGCACUGGCUAUGCGAAUAGCUCCCAAACUUGCCGAAGACGAGUACACUCUUCAAAUCACGCCCAUCAUCAUUCGACUGUUCGCGAGCUCCGACCGAGCGCUUCGGGUGUGUCUGCUGGACAACCUCCCAAACAUGAUCGAUCACCUCAGUCAGAAGGUUGUGAGCGACAAAAUCUUUCCCCAGAUGGUCACCGGUUUCGGCGACCUUGCGCCGGUGGUGCGAGAGCAGACGGUCAAGGCAGUCCUUGUGGUGGUUCCAAAGCUCUCAGACCGCAUCAUCAACGGCGAACUUCUACGGCAUCUCGCCAAAACUGCCAACGAUGAGCAACCCGGCAUUCGCACCAACACCACCAUAUGUCUAGGCAAGAUCGCUAGAAACCUAGCAGCAAGCUCACGAGCGAAGGUACUCACAGCCGCAUUCUCGCGUGCCCUCCGCGAUCCGUUCGUACAUGGCCGUAACGCUGCACUCAUGGCGCUGGCUGCAACAGCGGACAUUUUUAGUGAGGAAGACUGCGCCACGAAGAUGCUGCCAGCGAUCUGUCCUUCUUUGGUGGACAAGGAGAAGAUGAUACGUGAUCAGGCCAACAAAACCCUUAACAUUUAUCUUGAUCGAGUGCGAAAGCAUCAAACCACCAUGCCAGACACAGUGCUGCCACCACCUGAAAUAAGUUCUGCUGGACCUACCAGAAUGAGCACCCCACAGCCAGGACAACAAGCUGGCAGUGGUUGGGCGGGGUGGGCGAUCUCGUCGUUCACAAACAAAAUCAGCGCUGUCGCAGGGGAAAUACAACCUAAUGGCACCGGUGCAGCACCCACUGCAGCCGAAGUGGCCCCUCCGACCUCGAAUGGUGUACCGCGUCCAGCCUACAACUCAACUCUAUCGGCUCCUGUUGUGCCCAAGGUGUCCUCAGGCCUGCGGACAUCAGCUCCAGUCACACCAGCCGAUGAAGAAGACUUUGGCAACUCCGGCUGGGAAGAGAUGAACGACAACGAAGCGCCCGUCGAAGAUGAUCCUUGGGCUGAAUCUACGGCUCCCAAGUCAAUGACUUCGUACGAUGAUGGGGGCGAGCCUGACUUCGAAGGCUGGCUGAAUGCACAAGCACAAGCCAAGAAGACCAGCAAAGCUCCAUUACCCAAAGGACUAACCAAGAAGACUGCACCAGCGGCGAAGUCCAGCCCUGUUGGUAGACCAACAAUAUCAGCGACAUCGAGAUCUAGUGCAGCAACGAACAAACCUGUCAUUGCGAAACCCAAGCCCAAGCCCGUCCAGGAGGAGAGUGAUGAUUGGGGCGAUGCAUGGGAGUAGUAGUAGUAGCAGUAGCACAAAUGUGAGAACCCCAGGAGAAAGAAAUUCAGCGACGACCCUGAUGACUUUUUCUUUGGGUAGAAUGAACCUCACAGCUGCCAAGCUCGUCUUUUGGCAAAUACCUGACCUAGGUUCAAUCGGCCCCUCUCCCACAAGUCUACGCGAUCUUCAACGCUGUUGCCCUCUUGCCCUACUGCC